AUUACUUUCAUGUCAACUUCAUCGUCAUAACGUGACGGUGCAACCCAUCCUCGCGGCGCCAAACUUAAACCCCCGCUUGUUUAAAUGCCGGUAUCAGCCCGAGAUGUUUCAUUCUGAUACGACUCAGACCAGGCAGACAGUAGCAGCUUUCGUGUUAGCACCACAUUUUUCGCUGGUUAUUUGCAUAUCGUCGGAAUGGAAUGGAUGUAUUCAACAAACGUCUUAAUUAUCAUCUUUCUUUGUAAACUGCUCUCAGUGUCAGGCCACUGCCCAUGUGAGCCAGGGCAGGAGCACUGUAAGUGUCUCCAGUGCAAAAAGGAUUACUACAGGCGUCAAAGACAUAGUCGAUAUUCUUGUGAUGCCUGCACACAACCCUGUUCCGCAAAACACCUUGUUGAGAUAAAAGCCUGCAGUAUCAACACCAACCGUGUGUGUCACUGUGCCAAAGGCUAUUACUGCCCUGAACCUCAAAACUUCAGCUGUGUUUUCGACUGCAAGCCUUGUCCUCCUGGAACAUUCUCCAAUAAAACAUCCUUGGACCCAUCCUGUCAUCCUCACACAGAUUGUAAAGGUCGAGGAGUGAUCACGGAGGGGACAGCUACACAGGACCGGGUCUGUGUUGAUGCUACCACCCCACUUUCCAGCACUACCUCAAGGAGCACAUCUGGAGGUGAUGCUACUACCACCAGACUUACCAGCACACAUGGCAGGCCUACUACCUCAAAGAGCACAUCUGGAGGUGAUGCUACCACCACCAAACUUAUCAGUACAUAUGAUAGUCUUACUACCUCAAAGAGCGCAUCUGGAGGUGACUCUACCACCAACAGACAGGUUCUUACUGGCCCAACGAACUCUUCUGUUGCCUAUGAUACUUUGAAGACAGGCAGGACCCAUGGCCUGAUCAAAACAGACUCAAUGACGGGUCAUGAAGGUUUUUCCGACACCUUGACAGACUCACCUAGUCAGUGGCUAGUUGUGCUGAUGAUACUCCUGGUUGUCUCUGUUCUGGUGGGCUGCUUCCUGUGGCUCAAGGGCAAGGCUCUGAAGAAGCAGCUUAAGUGGACCAAGGGUCUGCCAUUUGGAAAAUAUCCAGUGACAAAGAAGGUGGGUUACAACGUCUGUGCACCCUCCCUCCAGCAGGAGCAGCAGCAGCAGCUUGGGCCAGACAUGGAAAGUGACCCGUGUGUGGAGCGGCUGAUUCCCCUGAGCUGGGGGAGCGGGGGCCCACCGAAGGAGACGGGGUCAGCGGCCCAGCCUCACCCAGGCAGCACGCAGCACGUUACCAUGAACAAUAGUGGAAGGGGAGAGAGCAUCAGCAACACUGUGGGGUCUAUAUUUAUCUACUCUCCCGGAAUGGUGGUCCUGGGCACCAAUGCUUCGGACCGGCGAGAGGAGGGGCAGCAGGCCUCUGUUCCGCAGCAGGAGUCUCGCAGUGCCUCCUCCAGCGGCUCCUCCAACGGCUUCUCCAGAUCCUACCCAGACUCAGUGGGGUUCAGCACCCAGGAGGAGGAUGACAACAAAGAGCUCAGCUACCCAAUCCCAGCCAGCGGCAAAUGAACUCUGAGGUUCCCUGGCACUGGUGGUUGGCAGGAGUGGCAGAGGAUGCCCUGAACAGGCUGUGGAAGAUCAUUUGAGUAUGACAGAGCGGGGUCAUCUGGGUUGCAUGCGAGUUUGAAGACAAGUGAGGUGAUCAGGACCUGGACAUUUGGGCUGGAUGACAAGCAUUUAAUGGAACAUGUGCUCAGGAGUCUGUUUUUAUUGUAGGAGAGUCACUGUUGGAGCUAUUGACAUUUUAAGGGCAAGUUCCUGCUGUCCCUUGCUUGCUCUGCACGGUUAAAAGAACGCAUUAAGAAACAGACGCCCUCACAUAUUCCGGUCAGAGUCUCACUUCCUCCUUGACAAGCCCAGAGCCAUUCUUGAUGAAAAUAACUGCUUGCAUGCAAAUGGCGUGCAGAUCUGUUACGAAAUGACAUACCUCUAUAUGAGUGGACAAGACACUGACUGCUUGUUUACUGUAAGGUAGAGUAGGUGUGUGGACAAGAAGUGCCUUGCAUUUUGCCUGUUAGCUGGCUCAUUUCUGAACUGCCGCAACGCUGGAGAACAGAGUAAUUUACAUACUGUGGGCAGUUUUUUGCACGAGACCCAUACUGUAUAUAGUGAACUCACAAGAUUGUGUGUGUCUAGAUAAGCCUUCGGACCAUGUUCAAGUGUAUAGUUUUGGUGUAAACAUGAAGAUGCAAAAGGAAGUUUAUUUAGAUAAUGCUACUGCAGGGCAUUUUGCUCCAAUAGACUUUAAUGGUGUGUCAUUAAGGAUUUUCUCUCUUCCUCUCUCUCUCUCUAUCUAUCUAUCUACCUUGGCAUGCCAUGUGUUUUCAGUGGAAGUUGAUUCAGACUGAAACCAUGAAUCAUUUUUUAAAAACA